GAGGGAGAAGCGGGGCGGCGAGGAGGGAACGGGGCGGGCUGAGGCGGCCGGGCCGGGCUGAGAGGCGCCGAGCUGAGGGAGGAGUGCCGGGCCGGGCUGAGGGAGGACAGAGCUGAGCCGGGUGAGGCGGGACCGGCCCCGUCGAGGCACCAUGUCGGGGGCGGCGAGGACGGCCAUCUGCCUGCUGCGCUGCGACCUGCGCGCCCAUGAUAACCAGGUGCUCCACUGGGCUCAGAGUAACGCAGAUUUCGUUAUUCCCCUCUAUUGCUUCGACCCACGGCACUACGUGGGCACCCCCUGCUACGGCUUCCCGAAGACAGGGCCCCAUCGGCUCAGGUUUUUGCUGGAAAGUGUGAAGGAUCUAAGAGAAACACUCAAGAAAAAAGGAAGUACCCUGGUUGUGAGGAAGGGGAAGCCAGAAGAUGUGGUUUGUGAUCUGAUUACGCAGUUGGGCUCUGUCAGUGCUGUGGUUUUCCAUGAAGAGGCCACGCAGGAGGAGCUGGAUGUGGAGACGGAGCUGUGCCAGGUGUGUAGUCAGCACGGGGUGAAGAUUCACACAUUCUGGGCAUCUACGCUGUAUCAUCGGGAUGACCUUCCCUUCAGGCCUAUUGCCAGGUUGCCUGAUGUCUACACCCAUUUCCGAAAAGCGGUGGAAUCUGAGGCGAAGGUCCGGCCAACCCUGCGGAUGGCAGAUCAGCUAAAGCCUCUGGCUCCAGGGGUGGAAGAAGGGUGUAUUCCUACAAUGGAGGAUUUGGGACAGAAGGAUCCUGUGACUGAUCCACGAACAGCCUUCCCCUGCAGUGGAGGAGAGAGACAGGCUUUAAUGAGACUGCAGUAUUAUUUUUGGGACACGAACCUGGUUGCAUCUUACAAGGAGACUCGGAAUGGACUGGUGGGAAUGGAUUACUCAACUAAAUUUGCACCAUGGCUGGCGCUGGGCUGCAUUUCACCUCGAUACAUCUAUGAGCAGAUCCAGAAGUAUGAAAAAGAGAGAACGGCAAAUCAGAGCACAUACUGGGUCCUGUUUGAACUGCUGUGGCGGGAUUACUUUCGAUUUGUGGCCCUGAAGUAUGGCAGAAGAAUUUUCUCAUUAAGAGGGCUUCAAAAUAAAGAGGUCCCCUGGAAAAAGGACCUUCAGCUCUUUGACUGUUGGAAAGAAGGCAAAACGGGGGUUCCUUUUGUUGAUGCCAACAUGCGAGAGCUGGCUGCAACGGGCUUCAUGUCUAACAGAGGGCGGCAGAAUGUCGCCAGCUUUCUCACCAAGGACCUGGGUCUGGACUGGAGGAUGGGGGCAGAAUGGUUCAAGUACCUGCUGGGAAGUCAUCUAGUCAAGAACAGGCGAGUAUGGACAAUAGCUGGAUCAGCUUCCAGAGAGCUCCACCCUGGCUGGAGGCAUCCUUCUUCAUUCUGUCCCCAUAGCUUCUUCCAGGAAGGUCUGAACAGGCUGGCAGUCCCCAGUUCAGCCCUGUGCAUCUUUGCUCGGUUGCCAUUAUCUCUGGCAAUACUGAUGGAGAGACUGUCAGUAGCACCAUGCUGAGCGGUGAAAACUGAGGCUGAGGAGGUGAACGUGCAUUUGUUCUUCACCAGACUGAAUGGUACAGACUGAAAAAGACCAAAUACUAAUACCAGCCUCACAUUAAAGAUCUUAUCUGUGGGUAGAUAAGAGGCUACUGCUAAUCAGGAAACUUUCUGGUCACUAGGAUGGCUGGAGGUACAGAGAAAGCCCAGUCACCUCACCAUUAUCUGUAAUUAAAAAAGCCUUUUUUGUGAAUGUAAUGUUUUUUUUUGAUCUUCCUUGGAGCUGGGCUCUGACAUGGCUUUGGCUGCAGAGAUCUACAGGAAGAUCUGGUGCUCUUCCCAUUGCUGCAUCUCACACCAGGGCUGUGAGCAGUGGCGGGCCUGCACAGUAACACAGUGCAGGACUUCUGCAGGAUCCUCCAGAAAGUGCUGUUGGUAGCUCCAUGCAGCGAUGCUUUUCCAGAUAAAAGCGAGAGCCCCCAGCAAAUGGCACCAGAGAACUUGUAUCGGAAAAGCGGUGGCCUUAUCCUUCAUAUCCUAGCUGGAAUUAGGAUGAAAAAUCUUACACUGAGUGCAUUUCUUUUGCAGUUUCAGUGGGUUGUAAAAGAUAGCUAAUACCCUGUGUGCCCUAAGCUUCGUAGCAGUGACUUGCCAAGGAGGGGCUGCCUUUCAGUAUGGAUGAUCUAACUUCUGUAGCCUGAGUAUGUCACACAGUGGCCCUCCAGAAGAAUGGUACAGCACACGCAAAUGCACACACACAUCUGUGCCUGCCUGUCCUGCAGAGUGAGCCUCUAGGACCAUUUUGAAUGUUUUGUAGUAUCUGGCUUUGGAUGGCAUCUAUCAGCUAUGGCUUUCAGAGCAGUUACAAAGGUGAUUUCAUUUCACAGAGAGGGCAGCUUGCUUCAUGUACAGGCAAGCCUUGUACUCAAAGUCACCCGUGGAUUAAGAGUUGGGAGUCAGGAAUCCAGGCUUUGCUCUGAUGGGGGGGCAGCCUUGCCUACCUCAGAUAGGAGCUUGGUUCACUUUGCAGUCAGACACAGAGGGCCACGGAAGAUUCCAGGUCCUAUUCCCCAAGUGAGGAAGACCUGGAAGGUCUCACACUAGAAAGAUGCUCCCUGGGUUACUUACCUUUAUUCACAUGGGCAUGAAUGUUACCAGCCUUGCUGGAAGCAGGAUUUAGCACUCUGCACUAGCCCUGUCAUCUCGGGAAGCCCCAGAUGCUGACUGCCACUGUAGGUUGGUGUGGCACAGGCUGAUCCUGGUGUCCUGUCCCUUCCUUUCAGCUUAUGUCACACUAAUACAUUGCUAGACAGCUCUGUUACUUUAACCUGGUGGCAUCCCCAGAGUAACAUGCAGGAGACAUCAGUUUGAUGGGGGAGAUAUGGCUAUAGAAUGGUAGAGGACAGUACAGAACUGAAACUGGUCUCGCUUGCCUCUAAAAAGGGAAAGCAAUGCGUAUUUCAUCUCUGAUACUUCCGGCAAAGGCCCACUGAGUGUUUGCACGUGUCUGUGAAGAAGAGGGUGUUUGUCAUCCACACCAGAUGGGCAGGGAGACUAAGGGAAGCUCUCCGCAACUCGCUGAAGCUAGGGGAAAGGCCAGAGACUUCUGGUGUCCUGAACAGAGAAUAUCUCAGCUAUGAUUUAAUUCACAGGGUCAGGCCCCAAGGACAGGGAGAGAAAGAAACAGAAGAGAAUGCCAGGAAGGGGCAAGGCUGAGGGGGAAAUGAGCCUGCCUCCUCCAGUCCCCCUUGGAUUUGCCCUCACCUCCCACACAUGCUUUCCUGCAUGUUAAUCGCACAAUCAGGCCUCCGAUGGCAUCUUUCUUCCCCUCCUUAUCUCACUCACUGGAGGAAGUGCUGCUGGGAAGGGGAAGCCUGGUGCACACUGAGCAUAGUUCGCUAUUGAUCACCCUGACCCCAGCUCUGGGCUGGCUUUGCAGAGAAGGGGGGAGGGAACUUGGCAGAGCCCAUUCCCCUGUGCCUUCUGCCAUCUGGGUGCAUUGAGCUCCUCGCUUUAAGGAGUGGCUGAGAUUUUGGAAACAUCACUGUGUAGAGUGGUUGUUGCUGUGGCUCCAGUAAAGGGAGAAGAGAACAGCACUCAACCUGCUCAGUGACGUGUCUUUGCAAACUCUGCCGCAGCUGCCAGCACUACGCUUUCGCAAUGCGGACAGCCCUCCUAGGAAUGCUCAGAGAUCCCACGCCCUUUUUGCUAUCACUGCCACUCCCCUCCUGAGCCAUGUUUGAAUUGUCCUACAACUGGAAAGCUUCUGAUAUUGGAUUUGAGCCACCCUGCCCAGCUGAAGAGCAUUUGGACUGGACCAUGUUCUGCUCUGUUUUGUGCCCAUUUCAGGAGCCUUGCUCCAUUUUACAUAAGCAUCCUUGAGAGCUUUGUAUUUGUUCAGAUGUAGAAUAACUUGACGACGUGCAGCCUACUAAGUACGUCAUGAGAGCUCUAGUGUUUCCCCUAGUAAAGCACCUCUCUCUGCCAAGUCCCUGUGAGUUGAGGCUUAUUCCCUGAUGAAGGUUGAGUAUAGGAGGGAAAAAACUGCAGUGUUUGUAUUGAUUGCAUCUUCAUACAUGCUGUGUGGUCACUCCAUACAGUCUGAGUUAGACUUUUCUCCAGUCUGCCUAAUAGGAUCUGCAGAGAUGAUUUUGUUAGUCUGUGUUCUCUGGGUAACUGGUCAGGAAGAAUUUUCUCUCCUAUUUGAAAUGUACUGGGCUACUGUUUCUUGGAAUAUGAGCACUCAAAAGCUAGGGCUAGUUGUCAUGAAGUCUGCCAGGUGAUGGCAGAAGGAGUUUUUUUU